AUGCUUAUUGCAAUUAAAGUUCUUGACCUUCAGAAAAUUGGGAGUUCCAAAAGCUUCAAGGCUGAGUGCAAAGCAUUAAGAAACAUCCGCCAUAGAAAUAUAGUUUCUGUCCUAAGUUAUUGCUCCAGCGUUGAUUCCAAGGGCCACGAAUUCAAGGCUCUCAUCUAUGAGUUUAUGGAAAAUGGAGAUCUUGAUUCGUGGUUGCAUCCAGAGAAAGCUGAUCAAACAACAAGACUAAGGAGUCUUGAUCUUUCUCAGAGGCUAGAUAUUGCAACUGAUGUUGCUUCAGCAUUGCAUUAUCUUCACAACCAAAGUGAAACAACUGAUGUUCAUUGUGAUCUGAAACCAAGUGAUCUGAAACAACAGAAAUUAGGCACUUCCUGGUUUCAAAGACUACCAUUGAAGCUUGAAUCUACUAGGAUUAUGUAA